AAAGGUUUUAAAACAGCUGAUUGUCGAUGUUCCUGAUAGUGUUACAAAGCCAAUUUUGAUUUUUAAGUUAAUUUACGAAAAAUAUGCUUUGAGACUUUUAAGAAAUAACACUACUCAACAUGUCCACGCCGUUAGAGCAACAGACCGACGAGCGCGAGGCGUUACAGUCUAUUUAUGAAGGCGACGAGCGAUUCAAAGAAAUUGACGCAACCACAUUUCAGUACAAAUAUGGAGAGGAAGAUGACUACAAGUCUUUUCUCGUGGAACUUAAGUGGGGCGAAAAAUACCCGGAUGAGGCCCCCACCAUUAAUAUGAACACAUUUUACAAUAGAAGUCUGCUUCCGGCUGUCAAGGAAGGGAUCCAAGCCGCACUGAGCACGGAGGCCGAGCAGUGGCUAGGAUGUGGCAUGACCUACACCCUUUUCGAGUGUCUCAAGGAUAACCUAGAACAACUAACAGCCGCCCAGCCCGAAUCCGCACCCAGCGUUGCAAUCGUAGAUGAAGGUGUGGGGGCCCUGAAAAUCUCUGAUGCGGAUGCGGAAGCUGAUGCCAGGAAAAAGGAGCCCAAGAAGGAGCAGCUGACCAAGGCCCAGAAGCGCAGACAGUGGGAAAGAAGUGAUCAUAAGGGCGAUCGCGCCCGCGGUUGGGACUGGGUGGAUUUAGUAAAGCAUUUGUCGCAGACCGGCAGCAAGGACGACGCCCAAAGUUCCACCGAAAUUUCCACCUCCACUCCCGCUCUGCAUCCCCUGAACAACUAAAAGAAUCUGCUGAAUCAACAUUACAACGAAAAAUCAAAGCUAAUCGUAGGAUAAUGUGAUCAAUGCCAGUUUAUGAAUCGUUCUGUUGGAAGCUAUUAAAAAUGCCAGUUAAUGAAUCCUUUUGUUGGAAGCCAUGUUAAAGUUUCAAAGAAACUUAAAUACGCUUGGCAGCAUUGAAAAGAACUCUACUGAUAAAAACGACCACUUUUAUUUUUUUAAUGGAAAUAAACGUAAAAAUCUUCCAGUCCUUUGACGAUAAUAAAAGCAUUGUAUAAUUGAAGGAA